GAACUGGUCGCCGCCGACUACUGAUAUCUCACGGCGAACGGUUAACACGACAAAAACAAUGUGCACGCAUGGAAAUUGUUUCCGUUUUUAAUAAUAUCGUAACAAAUACGCGUUACCAUCGUCUGGUCAGCAUACGGAUACGGUUCGAAUUUUGGUGUCUAACAAGAUGAGAUGCAGUGGAUCAAUAAGCGGAUCGAGUGUCAUUUCUAGUUGUACCCCGGCAGCUACCAGUUUUCGGCGGUCAGACUCCACCCCAUUGAUCAAGGGACCGAUGUGGCACUUGUCGCGUCCGUUUUGCUAGAUAAUAUCAUCAAUAUUUUAAAUUCGUUCGCCAUUGAUGAAAUUCAAAAUGCCAAAUGCAAACAAUUUGUUAAAUAUGUUGUACCAAGAAAGCGAGAAUUAUUUGGAAAAUCCGAUUUCAUACACUUGCAAACCGUCCGACUUACCUGUACGAUCACAUAAUCCACCACCCCUAACAGAACAACAUAAUUCGCAAUCACUAUUGCCAACUCAACUCAAACCCACAACACCAAUUGAGAAAAAACAGUUGUCUGUUGUUGAAUCGUCACCAGAGACCUCGGACAAAUUAUUAAAAAAGCCGCCACAUUUUACUGCAACGCUACAGACUCCACCCCCUAUCACAGAAAAACAUAAUUCGAAAUCGCUAUUGCCAUCUCAAAUCAAACCUACAACAUCCAAGUAUCAACAAGCCUCCACACAGAAAAGACCAUUUUCUGUUGUUGAAUUGUCACCAGAGACCUGGGACAAAUCAUUGAAGAAGCCUCCACAUUUUACUACAACGUUACAGAGUACAUCCCCUAUCACAGAACAACAUAAUUCGAAAUCACUAUUACCAGCUCAAAUCAAACAUUCAAGAUCCAAGAAUCAACAAGCCUCCAUUCAAAAAAAACUAUUGUCAUCUGUUAAGUUUUUGCCAGAGCCACCGAAAAAAUUAAAUUAUCAGACUUUUACCACUGUUGCCAAUAAUUCCAGUCUAUACAACAAUUAUGUUAAACAAGAAAGUAGUAACAGUAAUUGCGCUAAAACUGCUUCUACUGGUUACAAUUUUAAUCAAUCGCAUCAAAUUAAAUCACUAACAAUGAGUCAACCGGUUUUUACGUCUGCUACCGCAACAUUUGGACGAUCACUGCAACAUCAUAACAAGUAUCAAGCAUUGCGACAAACUCCAACCCCCCUCAUAAAACUUUACAAUGCGCAAUCGCCAUUGCCAACUCAACCCAAACCCACAACAUUAAAAUAUCAACAAGUCUCCAAUCAAAAAACUCCAUUUUCUGCUGUUGAAUUGUUACCAGCGACUUCAAAAGAAAUAUUGAGUCAGCCGUCUCAUGUCUUUGCUACAGAUGAUCAGAGUUCAUAUCAUAAUUUUACACAUAAUAAAUACUAUAACGUUGAAUAUGACAACCGUUAUGAUACAAAUCAAAAUAAUUAUUUUAUAACAGGUAGCGAUUUAAAUCUCAAUUGGUCAUUAAAUGUAAACAGCUUAGAAAAUGGAGAAAGUGGUAAAUACAAUAGACUAUUGGAGUAUGGGGACGAGAGUUAUGGCAUGUAUUCCGGUGGUAACAACAAUAAUUUCCAUUUGUUUGAUGACCCAGAACCACAAUCAACCUUCGCCAAAAACUUUGAAACAUUGAAUUCUUAUACCAACGAUAUACAUGAACAUGUUUCUAUUGAAAAUAAAAGAAUGAUGGCGCCGUACCGGAAUCUUCUCACCGCCGUUCCAGUUGGAAGUCUCGGGCCGGACAAUGGAAUUAUGGCUAGCAGCCCUCUCCCGGUGACCAUACACCUCCAUAAUCCUUACACCCUACACAGAUGCGGGUUUAACAAUGCAAAACAACCUCCUUUCUGUACACAAAUAUAA